GGCGCCGGGCGGAGCGGGCGGCCCGGGAGGCGGAGCGCGGGGCGGUCCCGCAGCCGGCCGGAGCAGGACCGAAGGGGAAGCGGGUGAGCGGAGGCUCGGCGCAGCCCGCGGCGGGCCGGGGUCCAGCAACAUGUUUCAGAUGCCAUUACCUCUGGAUCGAGAUGGGAUCGUCUUCCGGCUCCGCUUUACCACCCUGGCUGUCGGGACCGUGUGUUGCCCGCUGUUUGGAUUCCUUUUCUGCGUGAUCUGGUCUGUGUUGUUCCACUUCCAGGAAACGACAGCUACUCACUGUGGUGUCCCCAAUUACCUCCCCUCCAUCAGUGCCGCGAUUGGCAGCGAGACCCCUCAGCGCUACGUGUGGCGUUUCUGCAUUGGCCUCCACUCGGCACCCCGCUUCUUGGUGGCCAUAGCGUACCGGAACCAGUACCACAGCUGUCGCUGCAUGCACCCUCGCUACCCACGGCUGUGCCGCAUCAACUUCACCCUCAACGUGCUCGAAAACCUCGCUCUCCUUUUGCUGACGUACGUGUCUUCCUCGGAAAACUAUGCAAUCCACGAAAACGCCUUCAUCCUCUUUAUCACCUCGGCCCUGGGCCACAUGCUCCUGACUUGCAUUCUGUGGCGGAUGGCUAAGAAAAACACAGUAAGUCCCGAGGAGCGCAAGUCCUACAAGUGGAAGCUGCUGCUCUUCCUCUUUAACCUCGUCACAUUCUCCUUGGCCGUGUGCGUCUACUUCCACCACAAUUGGUACUGCGAGGCUGGAGCCUAUACCAUCUUUGCUUUCCUGGAGUACCUCGUCGUCCUUUCCAACAUGGCUUUCCACAUGACCGCCUGGUGGGACUUCGGCAACAAAGAGCUGGUGGUGAGCUCCCAGCCAGAAGACAAACGUUUCUAAGGCAGCCUCGUGCCAGACAAGCGUGUUGUCUGUGCUGCCGACGGCCUCUGGAGUCCUGCCGUUGGUGCGAGUGUUGGGGCCAGAUGAGCUACCGGCUCCUGGGAGCGACGUUGGGCAGGGUGGGCUGUGAUGUGCCUCGAGAGGAAACCAACAGCGUCCACCUCCCUGUGCUUGUACUGCUGCGGCCAGGACCCUGGGCCUCCAAAAAUACAGGAGGGUGGGGAUUGUAGGGGAGUGGGAUGGUUACGCACAAAUCACACCGCAGCCUCGCCAUGGAUCUGUCAUUCCUAUCAAGUGCCAGGACAGGAGCAGGUAGUGGGAGCUGAGGGGGCAGGACCCAGGGGAGUCGACGGGGUAAGAUGUUGGUCCAUGUGGCUAGGAAUCCUUGUUCUGCAAGGCCGACUGAUGCAGCGAUGGGAUCUUCUUUCCCGCCCCGCCCAGCUCAGCACAGCUCCUUUCCUGCACCUGCUGCCUCACCAGGGCUCUGGCUGCCGUCCCGGACUCUCGGCAGGAACCACCACAGGUAACAGUCGUGUGCUGAUUGACAGUGGAGAUUCCUUGCUGUGGCCCUGGGAUUGGAACAGGAGUUCUCCAGAGAGAGGGUCUCCGGUGAGCUCCUGACCCCCACUUCCGCUUCCCAAUAUUCCCUUUCAAGGGAACGAGAUGGAAGGAAAGGGUGAGAAUACUGGAGGAAAACCCCUCGCAAGGCAUUCAGUGUCGCUCAUUCUCAGCACCUUGACAGCAGAGGCAAGGGCAUAACUUCCAGUUCCCCUUCACUCAGACAUCUCCUUGAGGGGUCUCUGAACCAUGACCUGGCCCCUUUUUCUGCGCUGUUUUGACCUGGCUAUUCCUCCGUGUGUUUUCUCCCCCCUCCAGUCCAGCAGGUCGGCUUUGUUCCCCCUGCAGAAUCCUUGGCCAACGCCUCCCUAGGUGCUGUGACAGGGUGCUGUGGCCCAACAGACCGGUCCGCACUCUGAUCGUUUCCCAUGUGACGGCUGAUUGGGGAGGUAGGGAGGAAUUAGCUAAUCUGGUAUGGAGGCGGGGUGAGUUAGGGAAUUACUUGGAUGAAAGGCAGGGAGGCCGUGUUGGGGUGGCAGGAGAUGGGGCUAACUAUGCCUAGAUUGAAGGAGAUCCCAAGGAAGAGAGAUCUGGUUUCCUCCUGGGGCCCUGCUGACCAGGGGCUGAAGUCAAGAGUCGUAGAGCGUAGGCGGGGGCUUGUGGCAUUGUCCAGGUGUUGGUGGAGGGGACUUGAAUAAAUUAUACAGAGUGGACACUAA